UCGCCCUUCACAGACUCACAAAAUGGCUGACGCACCUGCCCCCGCCCGCGGCGGAUUCGGAUCUCGUGGUGGUGACCGUGGUGGUGACCGUGGUCGUGGACGUGGACGCGGCCGUGGCCGUCGCGGCGGCAAGACCGAGGAGAAGGAGUGGCAGCCCGUCACCAAGCUCGGCCGUCUCGUAAAGGCCGGCAAGAUCAAGAGCAUGGAGGAGAUCUACCUCCACUCGCUCGCCAUUAAGGAGUACCAGAUCGUCGACUUCUUCCUGCCCAAGCUCAAGGACGAGGUCAUGAAGAUCAAGCCCGUCCAGAAGCAGACCCGUGCCGGUCAGCGCACCCGUUUCAAGGCCAUCGUCGUCAUCGGUGACUCCGAGGGCCACAUUGGCCUCGGUAUCAAGACCUCCAAGGAAGUCGCGACCGCCAUCCGCGCCGCCAUCAUCAUCGCCAAGCUCAGCGUCGUGCCCAUCCGAAGAGGCUACUGGGGCACCAACCUCGGUGAGCCGCACUCGCUGCCCACCAAGGAGUCCGGAAAGUGCGGAUCCGUCACCGUCCGCCUCAUCCCCGCGCCCCGCGGUACCGGCCUUGUCGCCUCCCCCGCCGUCAAGCGUCUCCUCCAGCUCGCUGGUGUGCAGGACAUCUACACCGCGUCGUCGGGCUCGACCAAGACGCUCGAGAACACCCUCAAGGCCACCUUCGUCGCCGUCGCCAACUCAUACGGUUUCCUCACCCCCAACCUGUGGAAGGAGACCAAGUUGCCGCGCGGCCCGCUCGAGGAGUACAGCGACGUGCUCCGCGAGGGCAAGAGGUACUAGGCGUGUGGUGCGACACGGCUAGUGCGGUAGGACGAGGUCUCUUUCUGGCAUUACAUUCACGGGUUCCACUAUGUAUGGCGUGAGGUAGCAUUGGGACCAUUCGGGUCAUUUAGUAUGGAAAUGACAAAACGUUCAUGAUAUCCAUGACGAAUCUUACUAUGCAAGCACUGUUUGUGUUUCCUGCUGGUGACGUGACAUAGUUUGACUGAGAACCAUCUGCCAGCAACACAGUGUUGUUAGAAUACGAUUUCAUGUACAUAUCCGCGCCGCGUGCAGUCACUGGCUGCCUGGUGUCCAAGCAGCGCAAAUACCUC